AUCUUGAGAUGAAUUUUGGGUCCUGCCAAUUGGACUUUUGAACAUAGCCCAUCAUGUCAAUCAUCUUUUCAGAAAGCAGGAACAACAACUCACAGAAAUACACCGACGGAAAAUUCACUUUCUUUACACAAAACUCGCCGUAGCAGAGUAUACGUUGAAGGAAAUGGCCGAGGGAGAUGAGAACAUGCCUAGGGAUGCAAAGAUUGUUAAAUCACUACUGAAAUCGAUGGGUGUAGAAGACUAUGAACCUCAAGUCAUACAUCAGUUUUUGGAGUUGUGGUACCGGUAUGUUGUUGAUGUAUUAACAGAUGCACAGGUUUACUCAGAGCAUGCUGGCAAGACUACUAUUGAAUGCGAAGAUAUCAAGCUUGCUAUUCAGUCGAAAGUCAAUUUUAGCUUCUCACAACCCCCACCUAGAGAGGUCCUACUAGAGUUGUCUAGAACCAGGAACAGAAUCCCAUUACCAAAGGUAAUAGCAUCACCUGGUAUCGCACUCCCGCCUCAGCAGGACACAUUACUCGGUGCUAACUACCAACUGUUGAUCCCAAAGAAAUCUACUCAACCAAUGGAAGAAACAGAGGAGGAUGAAGAAACUGCUGAUCCCAGCACAUCCCAGCAACAGAGAACAGAUUUGCCACAACGAAGGAUUGAUUUGCCACAACAAACGCCUCAAGCUCAAAGGAUUGCAUUUCCCCUUCUUAAACAACCAAAGCGAGAGAUGUUCUAGCUUUUUAAGACAUCUCAUUGACACCCUGUUAUUUGAAAGAAACAGGGCUUAAGGUGCAUCAUCAGUCAAAAAGAAGAAACAAUUUGAUUUCUGUACUAAUAUGCUGAUAUCAACUCAAACAUGGUAGUCAUUUGGUUACUUUUGUUCAGUCCUUGUUUGCUCUUUAUUUGUUACAGAUAUCCAGUGUUUAAUUCUGUUAUGAUUAAGAUUUGGGUGUA